GCCAGUCGACGCAAUCUACGACGAGCAUUGCCGGCAGCGUCCUCUUCUCACACCCACUCUUUCUCUCCUACCCUAAUCUGCAGCAUCUACUGGGCCCCGGCCCGUGAUGGGCAACAGCGCUUCCUCCUCCCGCGCUCACCAGGACGACACAGUCGACUAUGGCUUCCUCACCCCGCAAGGAGUCUACACUGGCAACCCAGACUGGAAUCAGCAGGUCGUUGCUCAACUCAUCAUAGACCGCCGCCUCGCUCCCUUCUACCGCCCUCUCGAGGAAUACGAUGACAACUGGGAUGACGAGCAGAUCCUCGCGGCACGCAAAUCGCUGCCAGAAGAUGUGGCAACCUCAGAAUCCGUCUCUCGAUCGGACGGCGGCGGAAGUUUACAUAGCAGUGCUUCGCGUUCAAAUUCAGUACAUUCAUCUAUUCACCCGGCAAGAAGACCAGCUGCGCUCAAAGAGCCAAGCAGAAUACCUGAAGCAAUGGUCUACAGGGGUGCUAUCGAGUGUCCCAUCUGUUUCCUAUACUAUCCUCCUAAUAUCAACCAUUCUCGCUGCUGUGAUCAGGCAAUAUGCACGGAAUGCUUCGUGCAGAUAAAGAGGAGUGAGCCUACGACUACUCAUGUUGUCUCUGAGCCUGCUGCCUGUCCAUAUUGUGUCCAAGAGAACUUUGGCGUCACAUAUAAUCCACCCUCUUGGCGAGCUGGCAUCGGUGCUGAUGGCUAUACUCCAAUCACUGUGAUGUCUCCGCGGCAGCAGACCGCUGAAACGAAGAAGAGCCGCCGCAAGAGCUUUGGUGCGGACAGCGCGGAGGUGGUCACCAUAGACCAUAUACGGCCAGAUUGGGAAGCGAAACUCGCUGCCGUGCGUGCGGCUGUAGCCCGUCGGGCUAACCGGCGCAUCAUUAUGCGUCAGGUUGGGGACCGCCUGAUCCCCGUGGGUGUGACAAGUGGUCGAAUCCAUCCAUUGAAUGGUGAUGCUGGUGCUGGUAGCGGUGAAGGCGGCACCGAAAAUGCCAACGAAGGUGAGGGUCGAGCAAGCCGACGCUCAAGACGGCGGCAGCAUCAACAGCAUCCGCAAGACAUCAAUCAGUUACUUGGUACAAUGGGGUUGGGAGGUCAAGACCUUGAAGAACUUAUGGUCAUGGAAGCCAUGCGACUUUCAUUGUUGGAGCACGAGGAGCAGCAGCGAAGGGAGGCUGAAGAGAAGCGGAAGAAAGAAGCCGAGCGUAUAGCGAAAGGCGAGGCACCUAGCAAUGAUACUAACGGGGAGAACGAAGCGGGACCGUCGUCCUCUGCACCGGGUUUAGAGCUUCCGCCACUACCCACGACAUCUCCAAUUAACGUAGCCCAAUCAUCAAACAGAGGUUUGACUUCAACAGUUUCUCCUUCUCCGGGUGGCCGUUCCGUGUCAUUAAGCCCCAGGUCAUCUCCAGCACCAGGUAGCCUUACAGAGUCGGAGCAAAGCUCUCGCCCAUCAGGACCUUCCUCACUAAAUGCAUUAGUGACGGCUUCAUUGGGGGUUUCCUCAGCACAUUCUGGAUCGCGAACACACUCAAGGUCGGGUUCAGCAACACCCAGUGUGCGCUCACCGACACCUCGAGAGGGCACUAAUUUGGCACAGUUCAGUACACUUAGUGCUGCUCUAGCGACACAUGGAGCCGCAUCAGCUGUAUUGGCUGCAAGCGGUGGUGGAACAUCCGAUAGUGUUCCCACGAGUGGUCCUUCGACUUGCACUACUUCCGCGGCGACACAGCUCCCGAAUUCCCAGCCUGAGGUAGUGGAGCCCACAUCUCCCCAAGGAGAAGACUCACCCGCAUUAGCGGCGACGAAUGCUCCAAAAGGUGUGCCAGAGGCGGAGGCGAACAGGAGUGUAUCCUCUCUAAUUUCUGGGAAUAUUGAAGGCCAGUCGUAUGAUGAGUUGCCAUCGUCUCCCGACUCGCCAUCGCACCGUCCGCUUCUGUUGGAGACGCCCGUGUCAGAAGUACCGGGUAUGACUUUAGAAUCUCACAGCGAGCCUCAUCCGGGUGAGAGUGCUCGGGGUAAUGUUCCGGAGUAAUGAUGUGAAGUGCCGUGCGGCCAUGAUACGAACGACUGUCCAUGAGCUUUUUUUACGAGAGGAUGGCUGCUGACAAAAUAUUGCAGGAGGUUUAUUUUGCGCAUACACAGAGAUUUAUUUUUCUGCCUUUUUUCUUCUCUUUACCAUUGACAAUGUAACGUAGUCUAGAGCAAGCAAGAUUCUUGCAAAGUAUUUUCU